UCGUAAUACAAUCAAAACACAUCCCCCCCCCCCAAAAAAAACCAAAAAAAAAAAUUUGUCCGUUGGGAAAGUUUUUAGACUUGAAGGGGAAUUGGGCAGACUGCUUCGAUGGCGAAUGUUGCAGAGGAAGCAGAAACCGAACCCACUUCACUGAGGCAGGCACAAUCUUCUUCUUACUUGUUACUGCUAAGAAUUAUGAGCAAAAGGAGAACCUGGGUAUGUAUUUUCGUGCUUGUCUAUGGCAUUCUUUUGAUUUCUUCUUGGAAUUUCCUCAAAUCCAUGCUGUCUUGGUACAAUUUGCGAGCUCAAUCAUCUACCGCAUCUCCGUGGCCUGCCCUGUAUGUUUCGGUGCUUCUCGGGUUUGUGUUUGGGGUGCUUUCGAUGUUCGCGGCUCUGGCUGUGGUGGUUCCGGCGGUUCUGGUGACGUGGAUCACCAUCAUCGUUUUGCUGGCUUUCUUUGGGAAGCCUAGGAGGGCUUUGGUGGUGGAAGGGAGGAAGAUUACGCGGGAAAUUUUUAGUUUUGUGAUUAAGAUUUUGUUGAAGGAAGGGAAUGCUGUGGCUGCUGUAUGUGCUGUUUUGGGGUAUUUUGCUCUGGUCAGAAGGAAUAGUAGUGAAGGCGGUACUCUUGAUAGAAUUGGGUGAUGGAUUUGGUGUUCGAUGGGUUUGAUAUGGGUCUCAAUAUAGGCAUCAUAUGGUUGGAAUUCUAAGUUUUGGGUUUAGGUGGGUAAAAUUGUAAAUAAGAAGGAAGGGUGGUCAAUGUUAGUGUGUGCUUUGGCAAUUCGUUAACUAUACGACAUCUUAUCUUUUGCGUUGCUGUUUAUAUUAUAAUAGCCUAUGAUUCUAUUUA